AGGCUGUGCAUUUGAAGGAUCACUCUGGAACUGAACUUCACUAACUCUGCAGUUAACUCCAUUAAAACAAUGAGAAAAAGGAAUUCUUUAGAGGACUCAGUUUUUAAUUUUGAAAGUCAGAACAGCUUCCGAAAAUCAAGCAAUGGCACCCCAGUCAGCCCUACAGAGAGUGUCGGAUCAGUGUUUGUAAGUUCAGAUGGAGAAAACGGAACAGACGAAAAAAGAAAGGUGGGAAAAUUACCUACUGUGUUGCCGCAAACCCUGGCCAGUGAAGUGGAAUAUUUUGAUGACCGGAAAAAAGUGGACAUUGCUAGAACAAAGAGCAGCACAGAUAGUCCACUCCUGACAAUGGAUAUCAAGAGUGACUCCAAGAUUGAAAGGAAAAAACGUGCCUCAAAUCAGCUGAAGGCAAAUGCACACUUUCAUAAGCUGUUUCUAGAUGUUCCCAUUGAUGAGCCACUGAAACAAAGUUUUACCUGUGCUCUGCAGAAAGAGAUUCUGUAUCAAGGAAAGUUAUUCCUUUCUGAAAAUUGGAUUUGCUUUCAUUCCAAGGUUUUUGGUAAAGACACUAAGAUAAGUAUACCUGUGCUCUCAGUGACACUUCUGAAGAAAACCAAAACUGCCCUUCUUGUGCCAAAUGCUCUGAUCAUAGCAACAGUCACAGACAGGUACAUGUUUGUCUCCUUACUCUCCAGAGAUACCACCUACAAGCUAUUAAAAUCUAUCUGUAGACAUCUUGAGGAUACAGGCAUGGGCAACAGUCCAAAUCCCUCUUCUGCAGAAAACAGUUUCAGGGCUGAUCGUCCUACAAGUCUGCCCUUGGAUUUCAAUGAAGACUAUUCUGAUCUGGAUGGAAUAGUGCAGCAGCGGAGACAAGAGAUGGAAGAGUCCAGCAGCACAGGUUCACAGACCCCAGAGCUAGAAUGCUUCCAAGAUUACCAUGUCGUUGAGACAGAGACUCACUUGAAAGUUUCCAAGGCUGAGUCAAAGUCUGUCCGUUCAGAUACACACAGUCAGCGCGGACCUGACGGAAAAGCCCAAAAUAGUCCUCGAAAUGGCUAUUCUGAAGCCUUCAGGUUCCUACACAAAGUGAAGUCACAGAAGCUCUUAUCUCUGAACCAUGUACUUAUAUUUUAUGCAAUUCUUGUUUGUGUAUUAAUAUUUUCUACCUUCUACAUGAGAUAUAAAAUCAGUGUCCUGGAGGAACGUCUUAUUUCCAUCACGUCCUUUGAUUCACAUAUCAAGGAACAUCCAGUGCACCAAGGUUUGGGAUCUCAUCUGCAAAUUAAUGCUGAUGCCCUUUGUGAUGAGUUAGCUGCUAAUCUUAUAAAAUUGGAAAAGAUACAGAGCAACUUACAAAAACUACUUGAAGAUAUUGAAUGAAACAUCAGUGUUCUUGGACUACUUCAGACCUCAUUCUUCUCUCUUGACAAGCAGUUCCAAAGGAGCUCUGCUGGCCAGAGUCCAAGCUUCUUUAUUUUCAGUCCAAGCCAAGCUUAAACUACUGUAAAGCUCAUGUCAUAAUGCAGAAAGUCAUUUUAUUCUUGAGCAUUUAUCUAUAUGAUUUGAAAGCGUACAUGUUUUGAUCUACAUGUAUCUAUAUGUUUUGAAAAUAAGGGGAUUUUGCCUUCUCUGUUGUGUGUGAAUUAAUGGAUUUUAUAGCUUGCUUGAUUCUAGACUUGCUUACACCAGUGCAGACACGGUGCAACUCCUUUUACCUCAGCAUUUGCUUUCUGUCUAUUGUCAUUGAAGUGUAAGUGAGAAGAAUUUCAGUCAUGACUCAAGUGCUGAAGUCCUGUGUGAAUGAACUGGUACCUGUCUUGGCUAUGGUUAUGGAUUGGUGCUGUACUCUUCAUUUUUACUUAUUUGUGCCCUGGCAUCCCAAAGAUCAGAAAACAGACACCUCUGCAUUUGGUUAUGUCAAGUUACGAAUGUUCAAGGUGUGCUUGGUUCUCAGGUGCUGCAAAUAAGCUGAAUUCCACUGUCUGUGGCAUGGCAUCACCACUGAGUGUAACGUCUGCUUCUACUGGGCAUUCAGUUUCCAUACAAGUCAAGCUUCAAAUAUAUAUGGACUUGCCAACGUACAGUCAAGUUGCUUAUGAGUAGCAGUAUGGGUGUGACAUACCUGCACAACCUAGAACUACUAGGUUUUUUUGUCCACUCACAUGGUCUCUGUCCAUUAAGUUAAUCAGUGUGAAGACUCUGAGUCAGCUUUCACUGGAGUUGUGUGGCCUUUUGGUCAGAUAAACAAGCGCAAUUUUUGUUCCAGAUGAUGGAAAUCUAAUUUUUAUAUGUGGCUCCAGGAACCAGGUAUUUCCACAUAAUAGGAACUGGCAAGUUAACGAUGCACCAAUACAAUCAGUAGAGUGAAUGAAAAAGUGAACACCUGCUUUGUUAUAUCAUACUAUUUUUUUCACAGUGCCUAAGAUAGGACAACUGGGGAUUUUAGCUUUCUCAUUUCUGAUUAGUUUUUAAGAAGCAAUAUUUAGGAUAUAAUAACUAGUAUCUGUAACAGUAUUGUUUAUAAUAUGCUAUGCAUUUUAUAACCAUUUCUGUGAAAUGUACCUACUUUAUUUAAACAAAGUUUUUUAAAACAAGUGACUCAGUGUUAUAACUCAGAUUAACCCAGAUCCAUCCAUCAUUUUUAGUCAGCCGUGUGACUCGUGAUCUGAGUAGGCUUGUACCUCAUAGUACAAAGUUUGUGCAAAGUCCAGUACCCAACAGAAAGGUUUAAGAACUGCAUCUUGAUGAUGUGCUUCAUCUUACUCAGCUGUACUUGAGGUCUUCCUGGACUGCAACAGUGGGAGCUGAUAGUUUUCUCAGUUAUUUCCUCUUUGAAGAAUAUCAGAUGGCUGUUGCAAUGUUGUGAGUGCCAUACAUGCUUUCUAGUGGGCCUGCCUCGCUCAAGUUUCCAUGUGAGCAUGGUCUGUCAGAAAUCUGUGAUUCGACUGCUCUCCCCUUUGCAACAUCUGCCUUUCUUCCCUCAGCUACCAUGAAGAGGAUGUCUGGAAAAUAUCCUACUUUUCAGAAUUCAGUGCACAGUUGCAUGUUGUGUAAUACUGCAGUUACUUGUACUCCCAGUACAAACUGGGAGACAGAGCACCAGCAAGACUGUGGGGCAGAAGUUCAGAAGCGUGAGUGUUUUCAAUCCUGCCAUUCAGUGUUGUGAUUGAAGAGGAGGGGUUUACCCCAGUCCUGUUCGGAGAGCAUGGGGUAGAUAACAGCAGCAGUGAUGAGCAAGAAAAAAGUGCUACCUGCGAGGGUGGGAGUCAAGCAGAUUAAGUGGGCUUCUCCUCCCAGCACCUGUGGUAGGUAGUGCAGUCAAAGGCCACAAGGAGGGCUUUUGUUGCUUGGCAAUGGUGUGAAGUGCUAGUUUGGAGAAGUAAGUGGGAAAGAUAUGUGAUUUCACGGGAGUCAGGAAUCUACAUAAAAAGUUAUCACACAGUGUUAGUAAUGGUCACAUUUGGGUUUCUUUGGGUUUCUUUUUCAAAUUUUGUCUGUCAUCCCUCACAGCUGGAGCACAGCUAGGUUCCACCAGCCAUGAAGGACCUACUAGUAGUACAAAGUUCCAGCAAGAUGCUUUGAAACUGCAUAUGUAUGGAAGGCAACAGAGGCACAUCACUAAUGUUUUCUUUAGCUGUAGUUAGUGACCCAAUUAUUUUUUCUUAACAGUCUUAGCCCAAACUUUUUUAGUUCAUGUGAGUGCUUAUUCUAAGGGAACAGCACGUGUUCUGUUUCUUACAUCAAGCCAGCUGCUUGCUUUUCCUCCUCAAAAAAUUAAUUUUGAGGAGACUCCCAAGUUACAUUGGUGGCAAUGGGUAGGACAUUCUGCUGAUGUCCAGCAAGUGAAGUCCUUACACACUGGUCUGGAGACACUGAAAUUUUUCUACACCUCACUGCUGUCAACAUGUACCAAAUGCCUAAUUGUCAUUGGGCAGGCAGGGGGCAGGAAACAUGGAAUUAUUUUAUAGGUAUCAUUUUCUGGUGUUUGACAGUUUAUAUGUCUUUAGGCUGCCAUCAUGAAGAAGAAUCCUUUCUCUCCCAUAUCCCCAGUUUUUACUUUCUUGUGCAUUUCCACAGAUGGCAGAAUGGAGAAGAAAAAAGUAGUGUGGGUUUGGAGAGGCUGUUUGGGUUCAGGGGUUGUUGAACUGGUUUCUGCCAGAUUAGUUUUUUGAACUGGUUUCUACCAGAUUAGUUUUCUGAACUGGCUUGGGCUGAGAGAUUAUCAAGUUUAUGACACUGUUGAUGUGACGGAUACAGCUAGUACUCGAAGGGUAAGUAUUAUAAAACCCCCUCUGAGCAGAACAUGAAAGGUAUUCCUAUUAACAUUUGCAGAAAAGAUGAACAGUUUUGUGUGUGUUUGAUUUGAAUACUAUCACUACUUUCACGCAGGUGUGUAGAAAUGCUCUCCACUUCCUGGUAUGUCUGCACUUUCAUGUCUAAGUUUCCAGCUCAUAGUCAGCUGACAAACACCAAAUCUCCAGGGUAGUGCAAUCCAGACCUUCGCAGGUGGUUGCUCUACUGGUUCAGUUGCAGCUACUAGUGAGGUGUUAUCACAAGAAUGUAAGAGAUUCUGCAUUUACAGAGCAGGUGUGACGUGCAAUAAAGAUCAUGACAAAGCUAUUUAAAGGCUAUUUAAACAGGAAACUGAGCAAACAAUUUCUUUUGUGCUCAGUGUGUGUGCUUCUGUAAACAGCAGAAGAAUAAUGUAUUUUCAAAGGGUUUUGCCAACACCUGCUUUCACUUUGCCUGGUGAGACUAUCCAAGUCUGUCAUACAAAUUUGCUCAAGUGGGAAAACUGACUAAUCUCAUUUGGCAUGUCCAGGUUUAUGGUUUGAACCCUGUGGAGAUUUCUGCAAAACAUGAUUCCAUGUAAUGACACUUUACAGAAGGAAUGGAUUCUUUUGCUUUCUUGGAUUAUAAAAUCAGUGUAAUACAGUUUCAUAAUUUUAGAGCUUCAAGAUAGCCUGUUGUUCAGCAAAGAGCGACAAAAAAUAUAUGCCAAUAAAUUUAGUUUCAUUUUCUCUUAAGUUA